UACAAUUUGACGAUGACGAAUAUUCGUGAAGACGAGAAUAUUUUCAUGUUUCUUUGUGAAAAAUGGAUUCUAAUCAAUAAGAAUCAUAUUUGGAACAGGAUAAAUCAAAGAAUAAAUAUUAUUGCGGAUUUCGACAGAUAUCAACGAGCACGAACAAUAAGUGAAGGACAACGGACGGAGAAUAUUCACAGAAAUAUAUAUGGAGCUGUUCCCUAUGACUACAACCUCGUGAAUCUUACCUCAACUCAGAGAAACCCACUUGGAUACAUCAAUGCAUCUGUGGCCGAGUUUCCCGAAAUUGGACGUCAUUAUAUAAUUACGGGCGCCGCACAAGACACACAGAUUCCAUUUUUCUGGCAAAUGGUAUUCGAACAGAAAUCUCCGGCAAUUGUGAUGCUUUUGGAAGACGUUGAGUUGGGAAUUGAAAAAUCUGACAAGUAUUUUCCUAACAAUACACGAGAAGAACUUAAGUUUGGAAUUUAUGACAUCACAUGCAAGGAGUUUGUCAAAAGAAACAUACUUGAAUAUAGACUACUGGAAGUUAGUGUUGGAAAUGAAACACACCAAGUUCACCAUUAUAAAUUUCACGGUUGGACUGAAUUCAAUCUACCAAAAUAUGAAGACUUUAUGGCAUUCUACAAUACAAUGAAAGAAGUUGGAGUUCCAUUACUUGCUGUAAUGAAAAAUAACUGUAUGUCUUCCUUUUUCAAAAAAUAUCAUCAUACUCCUCCAACCAAUGCUCCAAUUAUUCAAUGUUCAACCGGAGGAGCUCGUUGUGGUGUAUUCAUAAUAAUUGAUAUUCUUAUCAAUUUAAUCGAUAAUAGAAUUAAAAAUUCAUAUUCAAUUGAGUGGUGGAUGUUAAAAGUGCGAAGUAAACGUAAUCAUUCUGCACUCACCAACCAACAACAUUCAUUUAUUUAUGAUAUUAUUAUCAAAUACAUUCGAACGCGACACAAUCAACUCCGCCACCUCGAAAAAUAUCUAGAAGCGCACGCGAAUACUGUAAGAAUGAUAGAUUCUACAAAUACAGAAGAUGUUGAUAAAUUCAUAAAGCCACGUGACUGGAUUGUGGAUUUUGAUGAAAGAGAUCGGUUAAUUGGAAAACUGCAAUUUCGUAAACGAUUGAAAAUUGAGAAAGAUCAGGAUACCUACAAAUAUGAAUCCUAUGUGCUUCAAUGAAUUCUACAGGAAAAUAUUCAAUAAAUGACCAAAUCGAAAAACUUUAUUUAUGAUCCCAAUUAUGUUUUCUUUGAUUAUGCUACAAAUUCAAGAAUCGGCAAAUAAUGGGAAAAUACGAUUUUUUUUUCACAAUCAAUAUAUACUGCUUGAUCUCUCUGUUAGAAUUUCCUCCAAAAUCUGAACUGUAUGACCAAAAAUCAAUUUUUUUGAAAAUGCAUUUGUCCCAAUAUUUCCUUUCUACCAUUCUGCUUUGAUCUUUUUUAACCUUUUUAUUCGAAUAAAAAUAUAUUCCGAAUUAAA